CCGAAAUCCCCAUUGAAACAUCUACAAGAGUAUUCAGAUAGAGAGAGAAGAAGAAGAAAGAAAGAAUAUAUCUUAUCGAAGAGCAUAGAAGAGGAUAAUCAUGUCUGGAACUGGAGGACCAAUUUCACAGGACUGGGCGCCCGUUGUUCUCCGCAAGAAGGCACCCACUGCCGCCGCUCGUAAGGAUGAGAAAGCUGUCAACGCCGCUCGUCGAUCCGGCGCCGAAAUAGAGACCGUCAAAAAAUCUACUGCAGGCACAAAUAAAGCUGCUUCAAGCAGUACCUCCUUGAAUACACGAAAACUCGAUGAAGAAACAGAGAUUCUUACUCAUGAUAAAGUUCCGACUGAAUUGAAAAAAGCCAUCAUACAAGGUCGAAAUGAAAAGAAGCUCACCCAGUCUCAACUUGCUCAGUUGAUCAAUGAGAAACCCCAAGUGAUUCAGGAGUAUGAAUCUGGAAAAGCCAUUCCUAAUCAGCAGAUCAUCACAAAACUGGAGAGGGCACUUGGCGUAAAACUGCGAGGAAAAAAGUAAAACUAUGCCUGCUCAGCAAGAAAAGACAUAAUCUAGUGGUGUGUGUUUGUAGCUCAUCUCACCGAGAUCAUCGUUGUUUGAUGAUGAUGGAUGUGUCAUGCGUCUCUUCUUCUUAUUAUUAAGGUUGUGAAAACUUAACGAAUCCAUGUGUUAUCAUCACAUGAAGCUUGAAUUGUUAUGUUACAUUUCCCUUUCUAUUAUCAACAUGGAUAAAACUGCUACUUAAGUUCUUGUGAUAUGUUUAGAGGCAGCAGAUUAUAAUGGGAAUCAAAUUUGCCUUGCCUUUUGUUUGGAGUCCAA